CCACAGAAGAGUAAGUAGAAAAAGCUGCUUAUCAGAAAGUUGUAAGCCUUCCUGGUGCUGGUCUGUGUUACUUACUGUUAGGUCACGAUGGGAUCCAGGACGGUUUUUUUUAAUUUGUGGGAAAUAUUGAUUUUACUUUGUAUUUCGUAUAAAUGUGUCUGCGACUCCGAUGGUGAACUCUUUAGAACAGAUGGCGUGCAGCCUGAGCUGAGAAUUCACCAUCAUUUCUGUGCCCUAAAGAUGGAUGAAGGCCCAUGCAAAUCAGUCCAACCCAGAUUUUACUUUGACAUUGACACUCGGAAGUGUGAGCCUUUUGAUUACGGAGGGUGUCAGGGCAAUGAAAACAGGUUUAAUACUUUGGCUGAUUGUGAAGAAAUGUGUUUAGUAGAACGUGGUAAAGACCCAUGCCAAUUGGAGGAGGAACCAGGCCCAUGCCGGUUAAUAGAUAUCCGGUAUUUCUUCAGUACCAUUUCUCAGAAGUGUGAGCCGUUCAUGUAUGGUGGAUGUCUUGGAAAUGCCAAUAACUUCCGGACAUUAAAACAGUGUCAGGAUACUUGCCACCAUAAAUCCACUGGGGCACAAGCUGAACCUACUAAAAAAACGAAUGUCAUGGAACUUCAAGAUGGUGAAAAACCAAAGGUGCAUCAGACUAAUACUCUAAACGUGCCAGACUUCUGCCUGACUCCUGCAGAGGAAGGUUCGUGUGCAGCUUCUGUAAAGAGGUACUACUAUAAUUCCACCCAGGAGAAAUGUCAGCAGUUUGUCUACAGUGGAUGUGGUGGCAAUAACAACAACUUUAUCUCCAGGAAAGAUUGCAGGAGAACAUGCAAGAAAGGUGAUAAGGAAUCAACAAAGCCAAAGCGUGGAAUAAGAAUAAAGAAGAAAAACAGGGGAAUCUUAAUCAAAGCUUCCUAAUCAGUUGGUAUCUAAUGUACUCCAACAGAAUCAUUGCUCUGAAUCAUUUUUUGUGUUUAAUUUACACUACCUGUUGUCUUUUGAGAUUUGUUGUACUAUUUAGCAUACCUUGAUUACCCACACACCAACGAGACUGUUGAUUUGUGGCGCUUUAUUCUAUGAGAUGUCGAUCAUUUUUAUUGAAAAAAGAAACAUUGUUUUGGGUUAACUGGCUGGCAUGAGAAAUAGACGAUUUAGUUAAGAUGGCUAUAGUUACAGCUUUUAAUGUAUUUGGUGUUUUUAUGUGUUUUGUAAUUAGAUGAUUUAGAUGUUGAACUCUUGACAGGUUGUUAUUUUGUUCUAAGCAUGACAUGUUUUUUAUAUAUCUUAAAUCUAUGAUGGUUAUUAUUGUAACCUUUUUCGUUUGGUUCAGUGGGCUGGAGCUAGGGUGUCGCUGUGCCCCCCGGUUCCAUCCUGCCAAAAUAUCUGUUAGUAUCCCCAUUUAAACCCCAAGUCAAGCCCUUAUUCUAUGAGGGGACCCCCAGCCAAAAUUUCUGUAACUCUUUCAUUUUCUCGUUUGCUCUGUUGUUUUUUUUUCUCCCUCUCUUGAGAGCAGUUUGUUCCCAGCCUCGGAGUCCAACCACGCUGCCUCUACUCCUCAGGGGUGGCUCUCUGACCCUGGGGAGACCCCUGGCCCCAUUUUGCAUGAUUAUUUCUUCUUCACUUCCCACAAGGGAAGUGAAGCUCACUACUGACAUUAGAUGUCUGGGGUCUUGGGAUUGGUAAUGCACAGUCUGCAAAGUAUCUGCUGUAUUGUUUAGUAUAAAUGGAAAUGGAAGGCAAUGGAAAGAGUUUUUUCUUUUGUUUGUUUAAUCACUCUCAACACCAACUUCCGGUGAGAUCUCCAUUCAUUUGGGAUAUACCACAAAUAGCUACGCAUUUGCCUAAUAAACAACACACAAUUUCCCACAAUUGGCUCUGCACUCGUGGUCUCAAAUGUAUUGAAAUUAAGAGGAUUGAAAUGUUCUCAAAUCAUUAGCUGUAAAUAUAGCCUGUCCAAGGAAGGGUUGAGGCCUAUGUGAGAGAGCCCACUGUACACUGUGCUGUCCCUACACUGUUACCUCAGUAACCAUUGCUAUUAGUCCAGCAUCUUUCAUUUACGUUAGCUUGACACUAAUAUCUGUACUGACCAUCGACAAACUUAAUUUUGUUGUUGUUUAGGGCUGCUAAGUUCUGGGUGGGCUCUAGCACUUAAUUGGGACGCCUCGGGAGAAGUGAAAAUAUCCCGAAUAAGUGUCUGUCCCAGUUAAACAAGAGGAAUUUCAGACGACUUUCUCCUACAUUU